CGAAAAACAUGUGGCUUCAAAUACCCCCGGUUAUAAAAGCGACGAGGUUUUAAAUAAUAUCUUUUAACUAUUUUUCGUGGCCACAUUUCCUUAAUAUAUCUUUAGUAAUUUGAUUUGUAAAUCCAGCAAGUGAGGCUGUUAAUUUGAUCGAACACUUUGGGUACGCAUAAUAUGAGCAGUUUACUCCAGCGCAAGAUGAGUGAUGGGCUGUACUACGUCUGUUUAUUUUAUUUCUACACUGUGAUGUGAAUAAUUUUUUAGGAGGAUGCUCUUUAUUUUAUUAAUGUUUGAUAUUGUGUUCUUAUCGUUUAGAUAUUUAAAUAACAUACUUAAAAAUACAUUUAUUCAUCGUGCUUUUGAAAGACAUUAACCACAACAUGAAAUUUUAGUGAAUGAAUGAUUUAUUAAAAUUAAUUGUACAUUGAAGUCACUGGUUUUAAAAUGGCACACUGGAUGGCUAAUUAUUCUGUUUUAAGAAUCAUACUUGGCAUAUCAAUAUUCAUUUCUUCUAUUUCAGAAGGUAAAUUGAUAUUGAAGUACUAUCCAAAACAGUCCAAACUGCUUACCAUACGGAACACUGGAAGGUCAGUGUUAAUGUGUGAAGUUGAAAGUGAUAAACCCUUCAAGCUGGAAUGGUUUAAAGAUGGAAAGUUGAUAAAUCUUAGUAAGGAUCGUCCACCGUGGCCUUAUCCUUUUCCUGAUAAGACUGGCUUGUCAUUGAUACAAUGGCCAUAUAUAAAUGGUGCGUCACGUGGCACAUACAAAUGCGUAGCAACUAAUGGUCACGAUACUUCAGUCAGCCAUGAAGUUGAAUACACUCCAGUUGAUGGAAACAAGUUACCUUCUGGAUUUCCUGUUAUUACAAAAAAUAUGCCACCUUAUGACCAGUUUGCAAAGCAAUAUGUCGGCACAAACAUUACUCUAAAUUGUGCUGGGAGUGGUCACGGCAAGGUGGAAGUUCGUUGGUUGAUGGAUUUCAAACCUUUUGAAAAGAUCAAGACAUCGUGGAAAGAAGGAGAAGGCUUUGAUUACUUAUUAAAAAACAACAACACGACCUUGAAAAUUUACAAUUUAAGAUUGGUUAAAAGGUCUUUCAUUGUUUGUUUCAUUCAUAAUGAUAUUGGAAUUCGUGAAGUGGGCCGUUUCCAUAUACAUGGAGUACCUGCCCCAAUUCAGCUUGUAAAGCCAAGAAUUACCCAAAGACCACAAAAUGUGUCAGUCCAAGGACCAGAACAAUGGAUUGAAUUCACCUGUCUAGCAACUGGUAAUCCACAACCCGAUUAUAGUUGGUGGCAUGAUGAUCGUUGGAUCCUCAGGCAGAGUACAAGUGGAAAAAUGUCACUUGUUGCAAUGAGAUCAGGAUUUGUACGGUGUCAUGCACAAAAUGAAGCUGGUUCCGACACUGCCACUGCUUAUAUAUACGUGAAACCAUUACCCUACAAACCUAAUCAAAUUGAAAAUGUUAACACGGGCCGUACACAAAUUACAAUUAAAUUGAUGCCCAACUAUCGGGAAGCACAGUGGCAUGCCAACAUUCCUAUCACAUACGCCAUCUUACAUGUUCGACCUUGGAAAAAAAAUUUACGACCAAAUGAUCCAUACAAUACCACACGUAUAUCAAUAUCUGGUUCACCGCCUUGGUUUUAUCAAUUUAAAGAUUUAAAACCAUAUACUUGGUUAAAUUUUCGUGUGCGGUUUGGUAAUAGAUACGGCGUUGGGAAUGUUUCUGAUUGGGGGUAUGCAUAUAGUGAUUGGGGAGAAAUAACUGAACCUGUGAGAUAUCUCAAAAAUAUAGCUCAUUCAAACAAAUCAUUCACAAUGAGUUGGCUAAAUCCUGUCAGAACAUAUGGCCCGGUUCAAGGGUACCGACUCUACUGGACCAGACGUCCAAAUGAAGUCUUAAGUCGUUGGGAGUUGGUGCAAGUAUCUCCUAAUGAGCAAUACUACAAUUUGAGUUGGCACGGCAGUACCUACAUUACUGACACUGCUCCAGUUAUAUACUGGAAAGUUCAAAUUGUAGGCUUUGUCAAUGCAGGACCCAUGUCAGAGGUUAAAGUGUUCAGAGUUUCACCUGGAGCACCCGGUUUUGUUACCAAUGUGACUGCAAAAACUAAUAGCUCCCGGUCGAUAAUUGUUUAUUGGAAUGCAACAACAGAGCCAGGAAAUGGAAUUGUGGGUCAUCGAGUUUUAUAUAAUCGAAAGGAUGAACCAGCAAGAGAAAAAUAUUGGAGUAGCAAAGAUAUCUGGAAUGCUACUCUCUAUCAAACAGCCUUGGAAGGUUUAAAUCCAAAUCGAGAAUAUGAAGUCAGGGUUUACCCAAGGUCUCAUGCGAUGUAUGGAGUAGUGUCGAAUACAGCAACCGCAAAAACAUUACCAGAUGCUCCUACUUCACCUCCAAGGAAAGUUCGGGCAUUUGCUAUGAGUUCUGAAACAGUACAAGUUACAUGGGAACCUCCAUUACUUGAGCAUCAAAAUUCACCCAUUUUAAAGUAUAAGAUAUUUUAUACAAGACAGCUUAGCAGAACCCCGUAUACCGCAAUUGUUGACAAUGCCAUACUUAAAUACCAACUGCAAGGCUUGAGCAAAUUUACAAAAUACAUAAUAUGGGCAACUGCCAUAAAUAAAAUAGGUGAAAGUCCACCAAGUAAGAAGUUCGAAUUGUGGACAAAAGAAGAUGCACCACAAGGAGCUCCUAGAGCAGUGAGAGCUCAGGCACUUAAUGAUAGUGCUAUAGCUGUUACAUGGCUAUCAGAAGUUAGCUUGACGUCAUUGGGUCGUGUCAUUGGUUAUCGAAUACACUACAGUACCAAGUCAGGAUGGAAAUCAUCUGUAAAAGAAGUUAUUGGUGCUAAUGUUCGGGAUGGCAUUGUGCAAGAAGAUGUAACCAGCAACACAAAUUAUACGGUUCAGGUUUCCGCUUACAGCAGUCUUGGUGAAGGCCCUAAAAGUAAAGCGUUCUUUGUUAUCACACCACCAAAACUUCCAGAUUCACCGCAAGUUACUGUUACUGUUGAUCAAACCACAAAUUACGUUGUCUUGAAGUGGUGGCCUCGUACCAAAAAUGUAAAAUACUAUAAAAUCGAAUAUGGAAAAACUUUACGAAAAUAUAACAUGCUUACAAGUAUCAGGACUAAGCUUGUUUCUGGGGAAAUACGCAGUUCUGUGUAUGACGAUCUAGACCCAGGUGUUUACUAUGCUUUUAAGAUAUCUGCAGAAUUAAGUGAAGGUGGGUGGAGUGCCAAACAUAUAACUUGGAUACGAACAUCACCAUCUAUACCCUCCGGACCACCAUUACAUUUCGAAGGAGUUACGGAGUCGUCGUCAUCUAUCAAACUAAAAUGGGAAGAACCUGAUCCUUGGAAGCGAAAUGGAGAUAUAAUUGCUUAUAACAUUAACUACAAAACAACUAAACAAACCAGAUGGACGAAUAAACGUUACGAUGUUGUAAAUGAUGAAGACACAAUUGUGUUUCUUUUAACAGAUUUAAAAGCCAAUGCAAGAUAUCAGAUAAAAGUGGGUGCAAUAACAGCAGUUGGUACUGGCCCGUAUACUGUACCUCUUGAGGUGAUGACAAACAAAGAAGUAUUACCCAUGGUUAAAAAUUUACGUGUAAAUGAAGUAUCCGAACAGUCUGUGUAUCUACAAUGGGAUGAACCAAUCAAUGCAAACAAGUUCAAAGGUUUUCAAAGAAAGUAUCUGAUCACUCAUCGUGCUAACAAAACCUAUCGCAACGAGGAAGGGAAGAUACAAUUGAAAAAGAUUAGUAAAACUGACAAAAUAGGCGACACAAAGAAGUAUUUCCUAGAUGGCUUGUUACCAAGUACAGAGUAUAUUGUCCACGUUCAAGUAUCACUUAAAGACGCAGGGGAUGGAGAUCCAGUUGCGAUCAGAUUCACAACAAAACUUAAAAAACCUGCUGCUUUGUCUUCACCUUCCCUAGGAGAGCUAAACAAACAGGUGAACUACUUGUUACUGGAUAUUAAAGCAGCCUCUGAAGUCAAUGGCCCUAUAAGUUAUUAUUUACUGUACGUAAUUGAUCUGGGUGAUAAAGAAAAAAUACCGUCAUCUUACAAGCCGGAAUCAAUUGGUAUUGAAGAUAAUCACGUGACACGUCGCCGAAGAAAUACAGAAAAUCAUCACGCCGUGGAUUUUUACAUUGCUGCCUUAUUUCGUCGGGAAGAAUUACCAACGAAAUUUAAGUUAGGAACUGGUUCGCAGCAUGGGGAUUUUGGAAAUACAGAACUCAAAGCUGGACACUUUUAUACGACUUUUGUGAGAGCAUAUGUUAAAAAGGAUUCCAACUCGAACCAGUAUAGCUUCACAAACUCACCUUUUAGUACACCUGUGAAAUAUGAGGCAGUCGCAGCUGAUGAAGAAAAGAGUAACAAUAUGGUGAUCAUCAUAGCAGGUGCUGCUUCUGCUGUUUUCAUCCUGAUUGUGGUAUUGGUGAUAUUCUUCGUUUGCAGGAGAAACUCCAGUACCAAAAACGGUGAAUCAGAGUAUCUAGUACGGAAAAAAAAACGACAUUCACAAUCAGCUGAUCCAGCCGAAGUUCACCGUAUGCAGUGCGCAACUCCUGGGAUGGUGAGUCACCCUCCAAUUCCUGUCAACACGUUGGGUAAACAUGUGGAGAAUCUGAAAGCAAAUGGUGGAGUAAAGUUCUUGCAAGAAUUUGAAUCCAUAGAUCCUGGUAGCAGACCAUCUUCCGAAGCAUCCUUACUUCCUCAAAAUAAAACAAAGAACAGAUACCCUAAUGUCUUAGCUUUUGAUGAGUCUCGGGUAAAACUUGAUCACACAGGCGAGCUCUGCUCCGAUUAUAUUAACGCGAAUUACAUUGAUGGUUACUGCAAAGAAAAAGCUUACAUUGCUUCGCAGGGUCCAAUGAAGAAUACAGUGGAUGAUUUUUGGAGGUUAUGUUGGGAACAAAAUGUCCAGAUUAUUGUCAUGAUGACUAAACUCGAAGAGAGAGGAAGGAAUAAAUGUGAACGCUAUUGGCCUACUUCUGGCGUUGAGACGUAUGGCACGAUAAAAGUUGAGAUAAAAGACGAAACAAACUUAUGUCAUUAUUGUAUUCGAACGUUCGAAAUUUCUUCCACAAUAAGCGGUGACGCCCAAACCGUGAUGCACUAUCAAUAUUUACAAUGGCCUGAUCCAGGUGUACCAUCCAAUCCAGGACCUGUUCUCGCCUUUAUUAAAAGAGUUCGUGCAUUCGACCCACCUGGUAGUGGUCCAACGUUAGUUCAUUGCAGUGCUGGUGUAGGUCGAAGCGCUUGCUACAUAGCUAUCGACGCCAUGUUGGAACGUGUUAAACGAGACAGUAUGAUUGACAUUUACGGUUACGUAACUAUGAUGCGCACGCAGAGAAAUUUCAUGGUACAAACAGACGAGCAGUAUAUGUUUGUGUAUGAAGUCUUAGCUGAAUCCAUUGAAUCAGGUGAUACAGAAAUCGCAUCCAGUGACUUGACAUCAGAAUUUAAAAAGCUUACAGAAUUACGUUCAGACGGUAGAGAAACUUUACUAGAAGGUCAAUUUAAAUCGAUUUCGUUGGAAAUCAACAAUGUACUAGACCCUGGGUUGAUGACAGCUGCACUUAACAGUAUAAACGAAAAGAAAAAUCGGUGCCGUACGGUUGUACCAUUCGAUUCUAAUCGUGUGGUACUGCAAAGUUUACGUAGCCACGAAGGAAGUGAUUAUAUUAAUGCUAGUUUCAUUGACGGAUACCAUCAGAAAAACGAAUUUAUCGCAACUCAAGGUCCACUUGAGCGGACUGUCGCAGACUUUUGGCGUAUGGUUAUGGAUCACAACAGCUCGAUAGUGGUCAUGUUGGGAGACACCGAAGAUAAAGGAAAGGAGUUAUGUUACCCAUACUGGCCUGUAACGAAAUCGAUGACUCAUCAUUAUUACGUCAUCGAUCCUGUACAAGAAAAUCGGUUUGCAAAUUUUAUUGUGCGAGAAUUUAAAAUCACGGACGCCAGGGAUACAUCGACUCGACAUCUUCGUCAGUAUCAAUACACCAACUGGCAAUCCAGCCGGACACCGACAUCUUCGGAAGGUUUAAUUGAACUUAUCGGUCAUGUGCAAAAAGCUCGUAAGAAGGCUGAAAACGACGGCCCGGUGAUCGUCCAUGGCAGUACUGGAGCUGGUCGAACUGGUGUUUUCAUCGGGUUAAGCAUCGCACUGGAAAGUUUGCGCACGGAACGCAUUGUUGAUAUAUAUCAGAUCGUGAAAGCACUCCGCUACCAAAGACCUUACAUGGUGCAGACUCCCGAACAAUAUGAAUUUUGCUAUCAAGUUACAUGCGACUUUCUAAAAAACUUUGAUUUCAUUGUAUAAUGUCGUCAGAGUGCAAGAUGAAACCAUAUAUUCCGCACUUUUUUGGUGCGGUCAAUGUAGAGAAGCCUUAAAUAUGCCAAAGUAGUGUUCGAAUUUAUUAUAAAUCCAGUGGAAGAAUGUGUUUUGCGAUACAUUUACGUUGAGUAGUGCCACGUUCAAUGGAUUUUAGAAAAGGAGAUCUAUGUGAGUUUUAAAUACACAGGUUUACGGAGUUAAAGAUUCACUCCAUGUUGGCUAUCAUGAUGCAUAUACAUUUUAUAUUUUUUGUAUAAACGCUGUUCUUUGUUUGGUUCAAAAAUUUGCGUGUGAGUAGAAAGUAUUACUUCUAGAUUAGGCACACCCAGUUCUUAGUAGCGACGGCCAGUAACAUCUUCAGGUGAGCGUUAUCGUAAUAAUAAUUUUUUUUAUUAUUAUGGAAUUAUUUAGUUUUAUAAUUUCUUUUAAACGUAGCUUGGUUACCAUUUUUAUUUUUUACGCCGAAGUGAGGCUGUGUUUUCAUGGUUAUAAAUUACCGUUUUAAAUUAAUUUUGGGAAUUAUAUUAGUUAUUGAUUUGUAAGUCUAUAAGCUAUUGUUUGAAACCUCUUGUGAAGAGGUUUCAAAUGAUGUUUUUUAGACUGAAGUGUUUAUUUUUUAAUUAAAAAUUAUUAUUCUUCGUGUGAGUUUCUUGCUAAAUUAUAUUUUUAUAUUCUUCUAUAUUUCUUUAUAAAGUAUAUUGUUGUUUAUAUAACACGUGGUAACAUGACGUUUGAAAAAUGUUCAGAGCAACUUCGUUCCCAGAGAUCCAGAAGGGGUAUGAGAGUAUGCUUUAAACCAAUUUUUUUUAUAAAGCAAUUUUUUUUGUACAUUUCAUAGAGCUUGACAGGGGGUGUUGGUACUACAGGAAGGUCACGUCGUAUUAUAAGUAUAAAAGAUAUUUUCUAUGUGGUAACUAUCUUCCCAUGUGAUUCACCACCAACUUAGUUCCCAGACUUUUGAGAAUAUAAAAACGGUGUGACAAUGAAGUUUUGCUUAUUUUGGUGUUAAUAUACUUUUUUUAAAUAUUUUUUUAGUUCAUAUUGUGAUGAUAAUUUUAUAAUGUAAACCAAUCUUUUCAAAAGAAAUGAAGAAUUCAA